AUGUCACGCAAUCCUUCAAUCUUAUUUCGGCAGCUAUUUGAUCGAGUCUCCUGCACUUACACUUACCUGCUGGGAUGCAACAAAACCCGAAGGGCCAUCUUGAUUGACCCUGUUAAGGAGCACGUCAAUCGUGAUUUGUCUUUGCUCAAAAGACUCGAACUGAAUCUUCAAUAUGUGGCCAAUACUCAUGUUCAUGCCGAUCAUGUCACGGGAAGUGGAGCGAUAAAAACGCUACUAAAGCCAGCAGUGGUGGAGAGUAUCAUAUCGAGCGCGAGUGAGGCCAAGGCAGAUAUCCACGUAAAGGACGGUGACAUCAUUGAGUGCGGCGAUAGUAUUAAGCUUCACGUUUUGAGCACUCCAGGUCACACAAGCGGUUGCGUUUCCUACUACUGUCCCGAAGGAGCGUUUGUCUUCACUGGUGAUUGUCUGCUGGUCGGCGGCUGUGGGCGGACUGACUUUCAACAGGGCAACUCCGCUCAACUCUAUACUUCAGUUCACCAGUCACUGUUUACACUGCCUGAAGACACGUCCGUCUUCCCGGCGCACGACUAUAAUGGAAAUCUGAUGUCAACGAUUGGGGAGGAAAAGCGAUAUAAUCCGAGACUGAGCAAAUCACAAGAGGAGUUCAUUCAGAUAAUGAAGGAUUUGAAAUUGGAUCUGCCUAAAUUGAUUGAUAUUGCUGUACCGCAGAAUAUGAUUUGUGGUUUCUAA